CAUCUCUGGUUGUUUGGCGUGAGUCCGCGAGCUCGGAUAGUCUCUGCUGGUCGUUCCUCCGCGCACUGCCCGCAGUCAGUACCGGUCCAGCGACCGAUUUGGAGGGCUCUUUUGAACGUUCCCAAAAACGGCCGGAGAAAGGACAGAAAGAUAACGCCGGCAACAAGGGAAAGGAACGAUACGAGAGAUCGCAAUGCGGACGAAACUGCAGUUCCUUUUAUUUGCGUUGCUGUUAGUGUCCCUUUUGGUGGACGUCUCAGCCCAACAACGACGAAAAAAACAUCGCCGUCGCACAACCACGACGGAAGCCACUGUUCAAGAUGAGGUCAUGAACAUGCUUGAGGCUGAUGAAAUAGCCGAGGCAGCGGAGGAUGCUGAGGUCACCGUCGAAGAUGGCAGAAACGAGGUUGGAUCGAAGCCUCAGAGCUUGCUCCGUAUGGAUCCGUGCAUGGAUAAACACUGUGGCGCAGGACGAGUUUGCAAGGCUAUCGACGAAGACACAGCCGAGUGUGUUUGCGUUGAGGUAUGCGACGAAGAGGUCGAUCCUAGGCGAAAAGUUUGCACUAAUCACAAUGAAACUUUCGGAAGCGAUUGCGAGGUCUACCAGGCGCGUUGUUUCUGCGACUCCGGCGACGCCAGAUGCAGAAACGCCGAGAAGUAUCAACACGUUCACGUCGUAUACUUCGGUGAAUGCCGAGAGAUGCCUGAGUGCAAAAAGGAAGACAUGGCUGACUUCCCAAGGCGAAUGCGAGACUGGCUGUUUAAUAUCAUGAGAGAUCUUGCUGAUCGUCAAGAAUUACCAUCGCAUUAUCUGAAAAUGCAACGGGAAGCUGAAACAAAUCAUACAUUGCGUUGGACUAACGCCGCUAUCUGGAAAUGGUGCGACUUAGAUGGUCACCCUCAUGACAGAGCUGUUUCCAGGCACGAACUUUUCCCCAUUAAAGCACCUUUGAUGGCUCUCGAGCAUUGUAUUGCACCGUUCCUCGACUCCUGCGACAGAGACAACGACCAUAAAAUUACCCUUAUCGAGUGGGGCAAAUGUUUAGAGCUUAACGAGGAGGAUUUGGAGGAUAAGUGCGACGAACUGGCCGAAACAAAGAAGUCCGAGCAAUACUAACUACAGACAAGUUCGAAUGAUAAGCGGUAGUGGUUACGACGGAAUAAAUGAACGGAAGGAACAAAAAGGAGGGUAAACACACGACGUAUAGUACCAAUGAAAGGGCGAGGAAUGAGAAAAAUGGCGGGAAAAGUUGCAAGUAAAGCGCACGCAACAGUGCGCAUGUCUGCGCAGAGACUCGUCGAUAUUGCAACCCAUCCGUGAUGGUCGUGCCAACCGCAGUUUUAGACAGUGCUCUCUAAUAAUAUAGAGAUGUGUACGUUAGGGACUCUACUCGCGUUAUUUCCACAAUAAUUCUUUAAAAACCUGGGAACUGUUUAUUGUCAUAUGAUGGUUCAAAUAGAAACGCGAUACACCUGCUCGUUUCCUCUCCCUGUAGUAUAAUCUUGAUAUUAUCCUCGUAGCAACAACGUACGUAUUUUCUAUAUAUACACAUAUAUACAUACAUACCUUUUGUAUAAAUUUAUUAUGUGACUGCCUUUCUAUCAAUAAAGAGUGAUACAGUUUC